AUGGCAGCAAAUAACAACAAUUACCCCAUUUCCUCAAACUCGCGCACGAAAUUGAAUGCCUUCCGCUUCGAGGACGAGGAAGAGAUCCCCAGCAAUGUGACUUCGAAGGAUGGGUCCAAAUCUGUUCACGGGAAUAAAGAGAACCAAAGUUCAUGGUUAAAUGGUGUGGUAGAACCGAUGCAGAAUCUAUCCGACAAGAGAAACCCUCAGCCUCAGGGGGUUUCAGCUGCUCCUCCAAAGGAACUUAAGCCGGUCAAGGAAUGCCCACAGACUCCUGCGAAUCGAAUACCUCUGGCGGACCUGAUCAGCAACGCCGAAGACUCCUUUGACCCCGCUCCGGGAUCCGAGAUAACACCAGUUGAACAUGUUAUAUGGGAGCAUAUUCCUGCCAGCUCAAACCCCGAUGCGUCGUCUCAAACGCCAGCCAAUCGUCGAAAGAAGCGACGCCACGGCUCAUCUUCGCCAGGCACUCCCUCCCACGGUACCUCCAAGAAACAGAAAGAACCUCUCGAUCUCCAGUCAAUUCAAGCACUAUUCAAGACCCCUCAGCAUGACUUGGCCGCCGAGUUAUGGAACAAUUACAUGGACAAGAACAUGGUCGAAGGAUCCGAGGAUCUACCGCCACCUCGCCUAGCAAACCUGCUUUCUUCUUCGCCCCAAACGCCUGCUUCAAGAACAAGCCGGGACUCAUCUGGCUUGAGAAGGUCAAUCAGUUGCGCCGCUGAGUGGCCGACAUCCCGAGGGAACAGAAGACGGGUCCACCGACAAGACCCAGGCUCUGGCCGCGGGAUAUUCUCUCGUACGACUAGCAAUGUCUUGGACUCAGGUAAAACAAAAUCCUCAAGAAUCAAUUUUCUCCUUGAGAAAAUCGAGAAGAGCUUGCAACCUGUGCAGCCCAGCGAAAUGGGCCCCCCUUGCUCCUCCCCGUUGCGACAACGGGUGGAUGCACAUAGAUGCCGCUCUUCAUCACCUACAAUGGACAGGAAGGGUCUUGGUGACUCCGGAGCCGCCAAAGAAGCCCUUCUCGGUCCAUCCGGUAGCAAUGCUGGGAAUGGUGUAGGCGCUGCUAUCCAAGACUUCUCUUCUGAAUUCAGCGACGAUGAUCUUGACCAAGACCUCAUGGACCUGGCCGGUGUCUCAGAAGACCCCUUCGUCGAGCCAGCGUCCAGUCGCAAUGGUUUUGAAUCACUGGGCUCAUCUGCCUGGUCAAAUCUUGCUGCGGAAAAGCAACCAUCAAGUCACCCAAAACAGCCACAUGACGUUGAUAAUAAACCGCCCAUAGUGCCUAAGCUUAUGAAUAAUGACCCCAAACCUGAUGAAUUAGACGACUUUGAAGACGAAUAUGGUGAUUUUGCCGACGACUUCCAGGAUAUACUUGCGGAGUGUGAUGGGAAACAAGACAACGCCGCCCCAAUCAAAUCUAGCCCCGCGGAACAACAGGCCGUGAGAAGAUCAGACAUUUCUAUUCUCCCCACAGUCCCAGAGGAUGACUUGUCAGGGGACGAGUUUGAUGAUGAUUUUGACGUGGAUGCCAUCGAACAAACUAUGAAGCAAAUUAGCCAGGAUGAAGCUCACAACCUCAAAGAUCGAAAAGCCAUAAAACGAUACCAGAUCAUUGAUAUUGCCGAAAAUCUGUAUGUCACGCCAAAAGGACGCACCCAGUCUGAGCAGGUGCUAUCCGUCGAGGAUGAAAAGACCAGAGCCCAUAAGAUCAUCGUUCUGCGCGAGUCGUGGUUUGAUACGCCUUGCAGCAAAGACUCAUACAUCCAUCUAGUUGGAGACUUCGACUUAUCGGGCCAAUGCGUUGUUGAUAAUACCAACCACAUGCUUAUUCUCCAUCCCGACCAUCUCAUCUCUGCUACUGUCGUGGCAGACUCAAUUGAUUGUCAACGUCGGGCUGUUCUCCAGGAUCGUGUAAAGGCAUUUGGCCAAUUGGAAAAGCCGCAAGCAUUUGGUGUCUUCUUCCAUGAAGUCUUCCAAGAGGCAUUGCAGGCUAAUAAAUGGGAUUUGGGUUCGUUGAGGUUGCUGGUUGAGUCUGUCAUGCGGAAGCACAUUGAAGAGUUGUACUCAAUCAACAUGAGCGUCGCCGAAGCCGUGGAGGAAAUCAUGGGCAAGAUCCCGACCGUUCAAGCUUGGGCAGACGUCUUUCUCCGAGCCACACCUCAGGCCAACUCCUUGGUGGAGGACCGCAAUAGCUCCAAGCUUAAUCUCAGCAUCAACAAGUUGCUUGAAGUAGAAGAGCACAUCUGGUCACCGAUGUAUGGGCUCAAAGGCAACAUCGAUGCCACAGUUCAGGUUGCCUCUCGUGGACAAGACGGAGAUCAAAAUCUCGUGGUUCCUCUAGAAUUGAAGACUGGAAAGCGGGACACGAACCAGGCUCAUCGAGCUCAAACGGCUCUCUACACUCUUCUGCUGUCGGACCGGUAUGAUGUUGAUGUAAAUUUCGGUUUGCUGUAUUACCUGGAAAAUUCCAGGACCCUCAGCAUACGAGGUAUUCGGCAUGAACUUCUUCAGAUGAUUCAAGUGCGAAAUCGGUUGGCGGGAUACAUUCGGGAGAGGUUGUCCCUGCCACCGAUGCUCAAGAAAGCGCGCAUGUGCAACAGAUGCUAUGCAAAAACCCCUUGUCUCAUCUAUCACAAACUGGCCGAGGAUGGGGAUGGCGAAACGAGCACACUUGGCGAGGACUUUGAAUUGGCUACCAGUCACUUGAAUCAUGGUGAUCGAGACUUUUUCCGAAAGUGGGAUGAGCUUCUCACAAAAGAGGAGGGCAAUCUGGUUAAGUUCCGAAGAGAGCUGUGGACCUUGCUGAGCAGUGAGCGAGAGCCCCUAGGCCGAUGCUUUGGUGAUAUAGUGAUUGAUCCUCGUUCUGCUUGCGAAGAGCCUAAUGGGACAAAAAUCAACCGCUAUCGCUAUACCUUCUUCAAGCGACAGCCGCGUCCAAACUUUUCUUUUGCAGAGUCGCAAAUAUCUGUUGGUGAGCCGAUCGUUGUCUCUGACCAAAAAGGCCACUUCGCGUUGGCAAAUGGCUAUGUUGUUCAACUGAGUGCAUCGCACAUCACAGUCGCGGUUGAUCGAAAGCUGCACAAUGCAAGAGCACGUACUGCUGGGUUUGAUGCGGUUACAAAUCAAUCUUUCCGAGGUAUUAUGGAAAUCGGGAACGAUGAUCCGCCUGUUCUCGAGAACCCUGACGAGCAGAUGGUCUACCGAAUCGACAAGGACGAAUUCAGCAAUGGCAUGGCCAUCGUCCGAAAUAACCUUAUAUGCAUGAUGGACAAGGACCUGUUCCAGGCAAGAAAUCUUAGACGUCUUAUCGUCGAAGGUCAACCACCUAUCUUCAAGCCUCGUUCUUCAGCGAAUACGCUUCCGGAUCCUGGAAGCCUCAACGUUGAUCAGAAACAAGCCAUUGACAAGGUUAUGAGUGCAAAGGACUAUGCCCUGGUCUUGGGGAUGCCCGGUACUGGAAAGACCACCACGAUUGCCCAAAUCAUCAGGGCCCUAGUUGCACAGGGGAAGAGUGUAUUGCUGACCUCUUACACGCAUACGGCUGUUGACAAUAUUCUGCUGAAGAUUCGCGAUGACAACAUUCGUGUUCUGCGUAUCGGUGCCACCACCAAGAUCCAUCCAGAGGUCCAAGAGUUUGCAGACUUGGCGGCAAUUCCCAAAAAGACCAUCGAAGAGCUUAAAGACUCCUGGGAGAAACCACAAAUUGUGGCUACCACCUGCCUUGGUGUCAACCACAGCAUUUUUAACCAGCGAAUCUUUGAUUAUUGCAUUGUUGAUGAGGCAUCGCAAAUCACACUCCCUGUUUGCUUGGGGCCAAUUCGCAUGGCAAGAACUUUCAUCUUGGUUGGCGACCACUACCAGCUUCCUCCGCUGGUACAGAAUAAAGCAGCCCAGGAAGGAGGGCUCGAUGUCAGUCUCUUUAAGCUCCUCUCUGACUCGCAGCCCGACUCGGUGGUCAACCUAGAACACCAGUACCGCAUGUGCGAGGAGAUCAUGCUACUCUCGAACACUCUCAUCUACUCUGGUCGUCUAAAAUGCGGUACGCCUGAAGUUGCGGCCCGCUCCCUAGAUGUUCCGAACAUCAAUGCCUUGAAGCAAUUCCAUGUUGAUGGAUCUCACUCUUCUCGGCACCCAUAUGACGUCUGUUCUGGGCCAAGCCAAGGUCGUUGCUGGCUGAAAGAUCUGAUCGAACCCUCUGCCAAGACUCUUCUGGUCAACACAGACCCUCUUGGAGCUGCAGCCCUAGAGAAUGCGCAGGGGCAGCGCGUUGUCAACCACAUGGAGACCAUACUUUGCUCUCAAGUCGUGGAAGCUUUCAUCGCCAGCGGCAUUCCGGCCCGUAACAUUGGCGUUAUCACUUUCUACCGCAGUCAGCUAGCCCUACUUCGCCAGAAGCUUCGCCAAUACACACCCGACCUUGAGAUGCACACCACGGACAAGUUCCAGGGCCGUGACAAAGAGGUCGUCAUCCUCAGCUGUGUGCGCAGCAACUCUGAGAAUCACGUCGGAGAUCUUCUGCGCGAUUGGCGCCGUGUGAACGUUGCCUUCACCCGUGCCCGCACCAAGCUCCUGGUCUUCGGAAGCAGAUCAACCCUUCGGGACGGCAACGAUCUCCUGUGCAAGUAUGUGCGCCUCGUAGAAGGAAAAGGGUGGGUAUACAAUUUACCGGAUCACGCGGCCGAGAGCCACGUUUUUGAUUCUGCGCAUGAGUCGACGCAACUGCCAUAUCAUUCUCCUGUGAAGACUAAGGGAGGCCCUACUGUGAAAAAAGAUUCUACAAGUCGCAAACCACUCAGCCCCCUAGGCUCUCGACAGCCAUCUUCUGGUCUUCGACAACCGGCCAAGAGAGGCACGAAAUUGUUCAACGGCACCUCGGUUGUCGGCAAUAGACCCGUCAUCCAGGACAUUGUGAAUGAUAUCUCUGGUUGA